AUGGCCGUCCCGACGUACGACGCGGUCUCGCAUUUCCCCCUAUCAUCCAAGGAUCCAUCCCACCGAUUUGAAGUUCACAAUCCCGCGACGGGAGAGGUCAUCACCACCGUUCAAGGCGGAGGCGUCUCUGAAGUAGAAAAAGCCGUCGAGAUAGCGAACAAAGCGUACAACGACGACUGGAGAUGGAGAUCUCCUCGCGAGCGAUCAAUGAUCUUGCUCCAAGCAGCAGAGCACCUCUCCAAACACGUCCGAGAGCUCUCGGUGCUCUUGUCGAUGGAGAAUGGAAAGCCCGUGUCCCAGGCCAGCGAAGGUGAUGUCCCUUUUCUGAUCGCCAUCUUCCGUUAUUUCGCUUCGCUUAUCGACAAAUUGCCGGCGGAAUUUUAUGACCAAGGCAGCAUUUACGCUUCUGUCAUUCGCGAGCCGUAUGGAGUCGUAGCAGGAAUUCUCCCCUUCAACUGGCCGCCGAUUCAUGUCGGCGGCAAAGCCGCUCCCGCAUUGGCCGCUGGAAAUACCGUCAUCAUCAAACCAGGCGAACAGGCUCCUCUGACAGUCAUGCGUAUCGUGGAACUUCUCCAGCAAGUUUUGCCUUCCGGUGUCAUUCAGGCCAUACCAGCCAUGGGACCAGACGUACCUCAAGCGCUGGUCAGGCAUCCCGACGUCAAGAAAGUCUCAUUUACAGGCUCGACCGGCGCCGGCAUCGCGGUGAGCAAACUUGCAGCCGAGUCGAUUACCCCGGUGUUACUCGAACUCGGUGGCAAGAAUGCAUUCAUCGUCUUUGAUGAUGCGGAUAUUGAUUUAGCAGUCCGACACGCGGUUGAUGGAGGUUUCUUCAACCAGGGUGAAGCAUGCACGGCGGCAUCGAGAGUUUUGGUCCAAGCUAAAGUUCACGAUGCUUUCGUGGCUGGGAUGGCAGCAGCUGUCAAACGAAUCAAAGUGGGUGAUGGUGCUAGUGAUGAGACACAUGUUGGGCCUUUGGUCACUAAGGUGCAGAAAGAAAGAGUGGAGGAAUAUGUUCGCAUUGGGGAGGCGGAAGGAGCGAAGAUCGAAGCCCAGGCCCCGAUACCAGCCGAUCCGAGACUGAAAAAUGGUUACUACGUGCAGCCCACCCUGUUCACCGGCGUGACAAGGGACAUGAGAAUUGCAAAGGAAGAGAUCUUCGGCCCUGUCGUUAGUGUCACCAAGUUCGACACUUACGAUGAAGCAAUUUCCAUCGCCAACGAGUCCGAAUACGGUCUUGUUUGUGGGAUCUUUUCCCAAGACAUGAUCAAAGCCAUGAAGGCAAGCAGGCAGGUCGAUGCGGGUAUGGUCUUUGUUAACAAUUACAAUCGCGGCCUGAUUGGGACGCCGUUCGGAGGAGCAAAGCAUAGUGGUUAUGGACGGGAGCACUGCAUUGAAACGCUCCAUGAAUUCACUCGGGCGAAGAAUAUUCGGAUUCCGUCGGGCCUUGGAGCUAUACCGCCGUGGGGAAAGGUCUCGGAGUUGGUGGGAGAUGCAUUGCCUCAUGUCUAA